AGAAAAGGCAAGGGCCUGCCCACCUCCUGGAGAAACAAUACUACACCAACAAUUUUGAUUUUCCUGCUUCUUUUUGCCAACUACAAGAAAAAGAAAUCCGAACUUGUCGUGCAAAGAACUGAAUAUCCACCUGGAUCAUGCUUAAAGAUCUAGAUCAUGUUUGGCAACUCUCUCGCGACACUAGCACAUUACCCAUUCAUUGAAGAUCUUAUUUGUGCUUGCGGCGGCGGCGAAAGCGUCUCUUUACGAAUUUUGUGAGCAGGAUUUUCAAGUUUCACUUUCUAGCGACUUCCAAAGUUCUCUACUGUUCAAUUUCAUUUUGUCGAACUACCACGACCACUUACCACAGCGCUUACGCUUUUUGAUACCUGUAGCCUAGCGACGAUCACGUUUUCUGUGGUCCUCGCACACCGAUUUUUGACCUCCAUGGGCGCAAAGAACAGUAAAACUCCGACGGACGAGCAAACGAGCGACAGUGGUCUUUCUAAACCAGCGGAAAAAUCUUCGGAACGGGCCAGCAGCCGAGCGUCUGAGUUGUCCAACCAGAGAUCGCCUGCCCCGCGCGCAGGUGUAGUGCCCGGAGCCACGACGCGCGUCGAGGAACUGACGCGAUCUCCCGCAGCGGAGGGCGAGGAGAACGUGCCAACCGCUAUGGAAGGCUCCGAAGCCUCCAGCCUGGGAUCCUACAACAUGGCGGAAUCUAUCGGCGUACUACUACGAGUGUUGCUUUCUCGAAUUCACUUUCACUCAUUGGAAUCUGGAAACUGAAUGAAACCACUAGUUCGGGUCAUUGUUGCCCCGUAAGGUAAUAAAAGCAACUUGCCUAACAUGCAGUUGAGCUUUAUCGUCCUUAUCCCUCAUUCUCCUAUCAGGUUGCAAAAUGCUUGGAUUUGUUGCUUUUCGCUCCGGACGAGUUGAAAGUGUUUGGGGAAGCGUUGAGCCUGAUCGCCGGUAACGCGGACAAUGAAAGCGAUUUUCCGCUUGAGGAAGAUUUGUGGGAACUCGCAAAGGAAAAGGUAAGAAGCAUAAACGUAUUCAUGUGUCGUGUGUACUAGCACUUUGUCAUACCAAUUUCCAUUCGAAAUCAAAUCUGGCUGCUUUUUCUGGAUUCCUACCUGUUCUUGCUUUUGCUUUCCUCUGGUUGUGUUGCUCGCCGACCACAACCGUAAACGACCCUGACCAGCUCGCCGCCGUGAUCACGCCCACUAUGCGGUUGAUCCACUGCAAGACCACGAUGGUACAAGUGAUCAAGAAGUUCGUGGAUCGCAAAACCCGUGCAGUCGUGAACAUAUCGUAUUUAAAAAUGUCCCCACACCAGAGGUAAUGCAAAUCUGCAUGCUGAAAAUGUUUCUCAUGCGGAGCCCUAUGAGAAGCAUUUUCUAGUCGUGUUUUGGAAUUUGUCAUGCUCCAAGCAGCAUGAUAUACUAGAUCUGUGAUGCUGCUGCGCUGGUUCAAACAGCACUACACUACGAGUCCAAAUUUGUCACGCAAAACAGUCAAACCUUGUGUAUUUGUCUAGCCGAUUCCCCAUCUUGACUAUGGGGGGGGGACGUUUUUACAUAGGAUAGAACAAGGCCGAGAUUCUUCCGUUCGUCCGCACGUCCUUGCUGCACCAGGUCACCGAGCUGCUCACCCUCGCGGGCGAGGUCACGCCGGAAACGGACGGGGGCAAGUUCGCGCCGAAAGACUACUGGGUCUGGUCCACGGUGGCUUCUACCAUGAACGUUCCGGAAAUCUCCACCUUUCCAGUGUUUCCGCUCGCGCAAGAAAGGACCGCGAUCUGCAAGGUAUCUUAAUGCAGAAAAGUUGGGACUUCAUUGUAAAGCUUCAUCGUACUUUGUACAACAUAGAAAGGAAAGUACUUAAGUGGUCUUGGUCAUAAGUGACAAAGGUCAGGUCCUUUGUCUUUGUGGAUCAUAUGCGCGCAUAAUCGAAUGAUUGCAUUUGUUGAGCUUUAUUUUCCUCAUUGCAUUUGCAGGUUCUCGAAGAGGCCGACCCGUUGAAAUACUCCGCCUGCGCGAAGGGGAUCUGCCGCGACAUGCAUGUGCUGACGAACCUCCCAGCCUACCUGGAGUACGAAGAGUCCUUGCCUUUCGAAAAGGCGCGUUUUGCCAAGACGACCAGUGAACAAGCGAAGAAAGCGCUUCGCGGCCAGCUGGCGCGGCGUGUCUUGCUGAACGCCAUUCCGGAGCGCACCGCUCUGAGUUUGGUGCCAGGUGGGUUCGAUUCCGUGGACAAGAUCAUGAUGAACGCAGAGAAAACAUGCGAAAUCUACUGCGCCCAGCCGCUGAUCAUUCCCGUCUUCAAAGAGCAAAAGAAGAAGGGCGGCAAGGCCGAGCCGAAAACUGCUCCCGCGGAAAAGAAGGAAAAGGCGGCGCCCGCAAAGAAGGAGCAAACCGCUGCUCCGGCGAAAAAGGAGGCGGCUCCGGCUGCGGUAUUUUUUGAUUGUGUCGACUGCGACUGGAAGGAUAUUUUUUUAGAAAAUGUAAAUGUCUGCGUAUUUUCGUAUUCACCCCCAGGCGCUUAUGCUUUCGCGUGUCGCCGCAACAUCACUGUACCCAAAUUUCUGUGAAUUGGACAGGCGCCUGCCCCGAACAAAAAGGCUGCGGCUUCGCCGAAGGACACCGGUGCGCCCGCGGCAAAGAAGCCGAAGUGCGAUGGUCCGGCAGGGUGCCCUCCGAAGGAUGGUGAGUUGCAAAAAUUGCGCACCGACGAGCUCGGCUCGGCUUUGUACUACCGGUACGUCCUCAGCCACCAAAACGAAGAGGGCGGUUCGACCACCGCCGACAGCGGUGAGGACAGCUUGACCCCGGAGAUCCCGUGCAAGAAGUUCGACAUUGUGUGGUCUGGUCGAGGCAUUCCGCAGGGACAAACCGAGUACUCCUUUCGCGCCAAGUCGCUCAGCGGGCCCUGCCAGCAGGAAGUGGUGGACAAAGCGUCUUUCGGCCGCGUGUGGGCCGCCGUGGACGGAAACGUGCCGCAGGGACAUACGACGUAUAAAUGAAACAAAUUCAAGUAUGAGUGAACGAGGAUUCAACGUUCUCUCAAGAUUUUUAAACUAUUCUAGCCAUUCAUCUCAGUAAAUUUUCUUCGUGUUUGCGAAUGAUGUAGCAGUGUCCGACGAAAUGCGAGUCAUUUUUCACCACACGUACUACACAACAUCAUCCACAGCUAUUCCUUUUUCCACGGCACCGGUACCUCCUCGAGUUCCUCGAGUGCUGCGCCUGCUCCGGCUACUAGCGUCAAGGCUGCGGUGAAAGAACAACCAAAGGCUCCUGCACCCGCAGCAGCACCAAAGAACGCCGGCAAAGGCGGACAAAAGGCCGCGGAACAGCCCGCAAAAGCAGCCCCCGCGAAGGCGAAAGCACCCGCGGCCGCAGCAGCCCCGGCCGGCGAGGGCGACGUCGGCGAGGCCGUUUCUGCGCUGCAGAAACUGGAUCUUCGCGUCGGCCAGAUUGUGCAGGUCGACCGGAUUCCAAACUCCGAGGCCUUGUACAAGCUCCAGGUGGACAUGGGCGAGGGCAUCACGAGGCAGAUUUGCUCGGGUAUCGUCAAAUUUUACCCGGACGGGGAGAAAGAUCUUUUGAACAGGAAGGUAAUCACGUAUUUCAACAUCAAGCCCGCAAAGCUGGCCGGGGAAGCGUCGGAGGGCAUGAUUCUCGCCGGGGCCAUCGACAACAAGGGCCCGAACGAGCAGUGUGAACUGUUGCAGCUCGAGAACCCGGACGCCUGCGCGGUGGGCACGAAGAUCACGCUGAAGGGCUGCCUGGAAGAAGUAGGUGCCGAGGCGGCUACUACCAGUUUGAAAAACAUCUCCAAGCAAUGGGCGAAGGCACAGCCUUUAUUCUCCAUCGACAACAGCAGCAAAGCCUUCUUCGCGGGAAAACACCAAUGGGUGGUCAAGGGCAAAGACGGGGGAGAAGUCGCGGUGCUCGUGCCAAGUCUGAAAAACGCGGGAAUUUUCUAAACCUCGAUGUGCUAAUCUGCUGGUCCCAGUCUAUCCAAAGAAAGUGCGAAAUUCCACCAUGGAAAAAAGACGUCGCUUUGUCCGUUGUAGCGCAUGCCGUCACUCAGAAAGUGCAGCUCUUGCCCUCGGACUUGUCUGACGAACACAACGAACUGAGAAGCACACCUGGUGCUCUUGCGCUGCAAUACUGCACGCGUAACAUACCACAACAUUGUUACUCGUGUGCUGUGCGCUGUUUCAACAGAGAGUUUGAUCCUGUUCAUCGUCACUAUCAAUAUC